GGCAUCCAUCUCCUGUAUCCACGACAGCCAUGAUUGCAACACGACCUGCCCUGGUCGCAUCUAUACCCGGCAUCUUUGUCCAAAGAUGUCUUCACUCGAGCUAUACCUGAUCACGUUCAAUUGUGGACGAGCCUUAGUGGAGCCAUCGGCCUUUGCACCGCAUCUCUUUGAUGCCUUACCAAAGAAUGCUGCGCUACCCGAUAUUAUUGCUAUCUCACUGCAAGAGAUUGCGCCCAUAUCAUACAGCUUCCUUGGGGGAUCAUUCCUAAACCCCUACUUCGAUCGAAUCGACACCUCUGUCCAUCUUGCCGCUCAUCAUCUUGGAGGCGAUUCCGUUCGCUACGAGUCUGUUUUCCAGAGGAACAUGGGAAUGACCGCCCUCGUUGUGUAUGCGAAAGAACAUAUUGUCCCGCAAAUCACUCGAGUGCAGUCGGCUGCGACAGGAGUUGGAUUCUGGGAUAUGGGAAACAAAGGUGCUGUCGGAGCUAUACUCGGCCUUAAGCACGAAGCAGACGCGCAAGAGCUAGAUUUGACCUUCAUAGCUGCACAUUUGGCUCCUAUGGAAGAAGCUGUUCAGCGGCGGAACGAGGAUUGGAAGACCAUUGUGCGCACUCUAGUCUUCGUGAACGAUGACUUAGGAGCCCCGAGCAAGAGCGUGCAGAUGGGAAUCGAAUCGCGUCCGAUCCUUCGAGAUGGUGACGAUCCGAAAGCCAUUUAUCACGCUCGGGGGCAUGUAUUUUUCUGCGGCGAUCUGAACUACAGGACAAGCGAUGCUCCGCCCGAGUCGGAGACGUGGCAGACUUAUCCAAAAGCCGUGGAAUCAGAGGCCUCCCCCGUACACUUUGCAAAGCUCCUGGCCAAAGAUCAGCUCACUCGUGAGAUGAAGGCAGGCCGGACUUGUCAUGGAUUUGAGGAGCUGCCCAUCACAUUCCCACCGACCUACAAGCUAUCGCAUAAAGCCACGCCCAUAGCAAUGGCGGCUAAUACUGGGGCAGAUAGCAGCUGGCAAUGGGCUAAACAUCGUUUUCCUUCGUGGUGCGAUCGCUGCCUUUACCUCCCUCCUCCAAAGAAGUCGUCUCAGCUCCAACUUAGGAAGUACACAAGUCUCGCUGUGCAGCCCACGUCCGACCACAGACCAGUGGCGCUAUCCGUGACGGCUCCACUAGAAGCAUGGCAGGAUCCGGAUCCGGAAGCAGACGACAUUCGGUUAAACCCUCCUUUCUCCAUAGACCCGCAAUGGCAGUCCCGCUACCAAGCACUCAGACGUUAUGAGGUUGUUGUCGGGGUUCUGGCUUAUCUGACGACGACGAAAGAAGGUCUGGCUAUGUUCGUUGCCUCUGUGGGCGGUAUCGCUGCCCUGUCUCUCUUCCUCAGAGGUUAUGGUAGGUGAGACUAUGCCGUGGACUGUAGAACACGCAAUAUCAAAUCAUUAUACGAAUGAACGACACCUGGUGCUACCAGUUCUAAUAUCUGGCUUCUCACCAUCAUAGAGACGGGAGAGCUUCUGCGUUGGGUCAAAAAGCAGCCACUGCUGAGUAGCAAUCCUCUUCCUAUAUGUGAGACCUGGGUGAGAACGACUCCAUUUGUGCAGCAGUCAAUACCCAGCUUUGUGUGAAGAGCCGUUACUACACGCUCGACGCAGCGCCUCAGGAUAUGAAUAUUACAGGAAGGGAUGUUGAGCAUGUGAUGUUUUAGUAAGCAGUUUAUACAUGCUAUAAAUGCGACAUUAUAUCAGG